AUGUGCGUGCUUCAGCCGAAGGGACUGGCGUCCGCGGGUCCGGGUGGCUGUCUCGUCCGCGGUAUUACGCGCUAACACCCCCCCAGCAGAAGAUGACACCACUUUUGGAUUACUUUUGUUGCAGUUUGUGAAGACAGGUAGUGACGCUCGGCAGCUUGUUUGAACCCGGUGAUAGAAAACGUCACCUUUGCAACGAGUGCACCGCGCAACCCCCCCCCCCCCCCUUCCUCCUGCUUGUGCGGAGCGCUCGCGAUGUGGCAGCAGCUCUGCGCGAAAUGUUCUAACAGGAAUCGAACGCGAGUUCAUCAUCCUUUGCAAUUCCUAACUUGGUCGAGAAUCAACGUGAGGAUGCCCCGCGGCUGAACAACAAAGACGUCUCAACACUUCCAGCGGACACUUGGACGGGACGGAAGCCGAGUUCGGAUGACUCCUGCCAGCGUCAUGUUCGUCCUGCUCCCGGUGUGCUGUCUGCUUCCCGCAGGCUCCUGGGCAGCGACUGUGAGCGGACUGCCAUACACUGUUUUAGGUCGGCGGGAGUUUGGGGCUGUGAGCAACUUCAGCGCAUUCCUGAUGGAUCCCACGUCGGGCGUCCUCUUCCUGGGCGCCAGGGACACCGUCGUGGCGGUGGACACCAACAGGCUGAACGAGAGACCACGCAUGGUGAUUUGGGAUGUGCCGCAGGAGAGCAUGAAUACUUGUAUGACGAAAGGAAAGACCGAGGGUGAGUGCCGGAACUACAUCUUGCUGUUGGAGUUUCACGCGGAUGGACGACACAUCUACGUAUGUGGCACAUAUGCCUUUGACCCCAAGUGUGCAUUCCUGGAGAUGUCCUCCCUCAGCCUGCAGAAGGAUGCCGACGGUCAGGUAAUCACGGAGAUGGGCCGCAAGAAGGUCCCCUUUGACCCCCAGAAGCCAUUCACAGCUAUCAUGACGGGUGACGUGCUGUAUGCCGCCACCUCCAUCAACUUCCGGGGCACGGAGUUCGAUAUCACCCGGGCAACGGGGCCGGAGCAGAAGCAGGUCCGGAGCGAGCAGAAAGUGCACUGGCUUGACGAACCCGACUUUGUGAGCUCCUCUAUCGUGGAGCUGUCAGCCGACAACAACGUGACGGGAGAGGACGACAGGAUCUACUUCUUUUUCAAUGAGGCGGCUAUGGAGUACAACUUCUAUUCCAAAAUCCGAGUGCCCAGAGUGGCACGAGUGUGUCGGUCCGACGUGGGAGGUCUCAGGACCCUGCAGCAACAUUGGACCACCUUCCUCAAGGCGGAGCUGGUUUGUGAGGACAAAUUGCAACAUCAGCGCUUCGACGUCCUGGUGGACGUUUUCACCAUGCGACAUUCACCCCGAGAAGCCAGCAGCACGCACUUCUAUGGACUCUUCACCACACAGUGGGAACCCGAGCAGUCGGCGGUGUGCGUUUUCAGUGUGCCGGACAUCGUGGCGGCAAUGAACGGGCCAUUUAAGAAGCGCAGCGACAAAACCGACACGCCCACGCCGGUGGGCCUGCCGCGGCCUGGCCAGUGUCUGAACAACGCGCUGAGGGCGCAGGGCUUUGACUCCUCCCUAAAAAUCCCCGACAACCUGUUGGCGUACGUGAGGAAUCACCCCCUCAUGCAGCAGAGUGUCAACGCAGCGCCCCUGCUGGUCAGAAAAGGAAUCGCGUACACCAAACUGGCCGUCACGCUGAUCGGUCGCAGAGAGGGCCAAAGGGAAGCGUUGUUGCACCUCGGAACAGACUUCGGGGAGCUCCAUCAGGUGGCGGUCAUCGGCGAAAACGCCACUUUAAUCCGCGAGGUUCCUUUAUUUGAGACGACGGAGCCAGUCAACAAUAUUUUGCUGCACCAGGGUUGGGCUUUGGUGAGCAGCCCGUUGUCUCUCGCUCGCAUCCAGUCCGAAGAAUGCACGCUCUACUUAAGCUGCAAAUUGUGCGCCCGAUUCCGAGAACUGGGCUGCGAGUGGGACUCGAGCGAGGAACGCUGCCUUCGCUCCACAGCGGCGCCUGGCAAUGGAGACGUAAUAGAAGAAGCCUUAAGCAAAUGUGACACCCAGGAAGAACGCUGUUCUCCGUCCAUCAAGGAGCUGCGUGUUUCCCUGGGUCUGCAGAUCCUGUUGCCGUGUGCCCAGCUGUCUCCCAGGCCCUGCAGCUGGAAGCAGCCCCCCAAAAGUCUCACCAAGCAGCGACACCCUGACCUGGAGGUGACCGUCACCAAAGACGGACUGGGGACUUACAUCUGUUCAUGCCAGGAAGGCCAAAUCCACGAGCCCACCACUUGCCGUCGGGCGGCCUACCAGCUGACACUUGAGGACCCCAGCGCCGCGGGAGCCGUGGCGGGAUGCAAUCGUCACGUGGUGGCCUUUUAUGUCUUCUUCUUCCUGGCCGGCAUUCUGUUUGGGGCGACGCUCAUCUACUUUGUCAAACGUCGGCACGCCAGAGGUCUGCGCGAAGAACGGAAGGUGGGGCGGGACUUGCUGGUCGCUUCCGCCGCCCCGCAGCCAGGGUUCCGUUUGUCGGAGAAACGCAACGGGAUCGCCGGCGCCAACGCGAGCCAAGGCCGUAAGCAGGGAAACGGCGGUCACCACGGCAACGGCGGGAGCGCCGCAACAGCCGGCACCAAAGCCAGAAACGGAAGGGGAAACGCCUCGUAUGCCAACUACAACAUUUUGUCGGUGGACGUUCUGGACGGACGGACUGCCGGCGGGGAGGGAGGGAGUCCCGAGGCCGAGGAGAAGAAUCCGAUGGAGGGGAUUGACCUGGAUGAGAGCCUGGGGGAAGGGAUAAUGGGACUAGAGGAAGAGUUGGCCAAGUUUCCCAUGUUUAAAUCAGCAGCACCCCUCGCUCCAUGUGAAGAAAGCUCCAUUUGAGAGGCGGCUUCUUCAUCCAGGAGCCACUGGGGGGCGGGCUUGAGCAGCCCCACACAAACCGUCACUGCCUAUGGAUGGUGUCAUGAAGAGAUGCUUCAAAACUCCAUAUCAUGAUGUGUCGUGUCAUACGUUUUCUGGAGCGGACCGUGUUGGCCAUGUGCAAUCGGAAGAGUGACUGAAGGACUCGUCUUUUCAACUCAACUCAACUUCUCUCGAUUCCGGGACCCUCGCCGAUUUCGAAGGCCACCAAAGGACAGUCGAGCCGUAAAAUGAAGGCGUCGGGUUUUCGCUUGCGGGGACAGAAAGAGUCUUGUGAUCUUGACGGGGUCCUUCCUUGGAUGACUUUGCGCCAGCUUGUUCUCUUAAUGUGGGUUGCUUGUGUAUUGUUUUGUUGUGUUUUUGUAAUAAAUCAUAUUUUGAAAACCAAAGCUACGUCAGGCAAAUGUGGAAGGGUUAUCUUUCAUUGAGCCAACCAAGGCACAUAUUUUACAUGAGAAAAACCUCAGGAGUAUAACACACACACA